CAACAACAUCAACAACAACAUCAACAACAACAGCAACAACAUCAACAACAACAUCAACAUCAACAACAACAACAGCAACAACAUCAACAACAACAUCAACAACAACAUCAAAAUCAACAACAUCAACAACAACAUCAACAACAACAGCAUCAACAAGCAACUCUCAUCAGUAAACAUAGAUGAGAAAUUAAUGGAGAAAUUAGCAAAGAAUAAACAGAAGCAUACGCCAAGUGAAGACAAAAAUAUAGAGAUGGAACAACCAAGGAAAUCGACAACUACAAAAAACCUAAACAACUACAACAACAUUAACAACAACAACAACAUCAACAACAAAAACAACAUCAACAACAACAACAACUUCAACAACAACAACUUUAACAACUUUAACAACGACAACAACAGCAGCAACAUCAACAACAUCAACAGCAACAGCAACAACAACAACGACGACAACAGCAACAACAACAACAACAACAAAUAUAUUUCUGAACGCCAAAACAAAACUAUUGUUCCUAGGCCUGUAAAUUUUAAAAUGUUCAAAAUGAAAUUACUAGAAAGAAAGCAUCAAUAG